AUGCGGCGUCGCAAACACGUCAGAGACGCCGAGAUGAGUUAUUUGCAUUCGCUGGCGCGCCUGUCCGUCCCUCCGUGCCGGCUCCCAUCGAUCGCCUCCGCUCCGCCACAGAUCCCGGUCCGUCUGCGACCUCCGGCGCUGCCGUGCUGUCGCUCGCCGCGAACGCCUGCUGCCUCCCGACUUCACACGCACACCCCGCCGUCCGUGCCCGCCACUCGUCGCGGAUGCGCUGACGACGGCGACGACGACUACGGCUGCGAGGAUAAAUGUGCGCCUACAGGACGCCCACUGAUGCCUCGGAUAUUCGUCGUCGCUACAUAG